AUGAAUCGCUACUGGUGGGACUCUGGAACUGAUAGGCGAAUACAUUGGAAGGCAUGGGAUAAGUUGUGUGUCCCUAAGAAAUAUGGAGGGUUGGGUUUUAAGGAUUUGCGUGCCUUUAACCUAGCUAUGUUAGGGAAGCAGAUAGGGAGUAACCCCAGUUUCUGUUGGCGGAGUAUUAUGACAGCCAAGAGUAUAAUUUGUAGUGGGAUAAGGCGCAGAAUUGGAAACGGGGAGUCUACACUCAUAUGGACUCAUCCCUGGAUACAGGAUGGUCAAGACCCCAUGGUACAAACAGAAAUGCCAAUGCAAUUAGAAGGAGCCAAAGUGGUGGGAUUGAUAGAUCAACAGACUGGUACAUGGGACCAUUCAAUUCUAACUGAUUUAUUUCAACCUAGUGAUGUGGCAAAUAUUCUAAAAAUACCUGUUUCCCCGGAGUAUGAUGAUACUUGGUAUUGGCAUGGAGACCCGAUAAGAAUUUAUUCUGUAAAGUGUGGAUACAGGCUAAUAGUUGGAGAUUAUGAAAGUGGUAUUGGGACCUUUACAAAGUGGUUGACCCUAUGGAAACUCAAAAUCCCCCCAAAAUGGAAAAUGUUCCUUUGGAGAGCCAUUUGUGAUAUUUUGCCUACCACUACUAACUUGCUUAUAAAGAGAGUGGAUAUGGAUCCACAUUGUGCCAUGUGUGAAAUAUCUCAGGAGGAUACUAUGCAUGCCUUAGUGUUGUGCGAAUUUGCAAAGAACAUAUGGGAACAAUCCAACCUUCCAAUCCCCAAUAUUGUGACAAACGCUUUUCAUAUUUGGUUUGGUGAACUCCUAAAUGUUUUAGACUCUGAUGGGGUAUUAUAUGCAUCAUCAAUUCUAUAA